AUGUUAUUAUUUUUUUCAAACAUUAUUGAUUUACCAGUAACUGAAGUGAGAAAGAAAGCUACCAAAUUACAGAGUCAGUAUCCUGAAGAUCUCGAUGGAUCAUUUAUAAAUGAGUGUAUUCAUUUUCAUGGAUACUUAAAAAGUUUUCCAAGAAAUGUAUCACCAAAAUCUAUUUUAGAGUUGUGCAAAAUCAUUGAAGAUCACAAUAUAGCAGAUGUCUACCCAUAUGUAGAUAUUGCAUUACGUAUGUAUUUAUGCUGUCCGGUUUCUAAUACUUCAGCUGAACGGUCAUUUAGUGUUCUGAAAAGAGUGAAAUCAUACUUGAGAUCUUCAAUGAAUGACAACCGUUUAAACAAUUUGGCAAUUUUAAAUAUAGAAUGUGAGAUAACUAAAUCAAUUAGUUAUAAUGAGGUCAUCUGA